AAAACGCACAGAAAGUCAGUUGGGAGAACUGGACAGCGUGCUUUUCAGCGCAGCGGUGAAUUCUCCCGCGUAUACUGCAGAGCAGGACUGUCUGGCAACGCACCAUUGCUGCUUGGGAGAGGAUCCGAAAAAAAAAAAAAAGAGAAGCGGUCCAGUACAGAGCGUCAGGGACGACGCUUGUUAGAGAACACUCUCUGCUGCGACAUACGCUCAACACUGGAAAGUCGUUAUCCUCUUCAAUUCGCAAGACCCACAACAAUUGUGAUACACCAAAGAGAUGACGGAACGCGAGCAAUUUCAGCAAAGUCCAGCUUGGCAUCAGUAUAAUCCUCAAGCCCUGCCCCCAACUCCGCCUUCUGUCCAUCUCCCCGGGGGUCAGCACAUUUCGUCCGCCAAUAGUCCGAUGGUCGCCUAUGGUGGUCCGAUGGGGCUACCGCCUGGAUAUCCGUUCCCACCGAUGCAUCCGUACGGAUACCCGGGACAACCUACAGGACUUCCUCCAGGAUUACCGAUGAUGCAAAUGCCGGGAGGUCCUCUCGUCCAUCCUGGACAAAUGCUUGGACCUCAAAUGAGACCAAUGGCACCACCACCAAAUGUCCCGCAAGGGACUAUUAUAUAUAUCCCGGAUGGCUACAUGCCACUUUUAUACCCCGAAGGCCAAAAUGGACCACCAAUGGGAGGUCCAUCGUCCGCCGAACAUGGACAGAUGCAUCCCGGGGCGCUUCUCAGUCCAGUGAUGGGCCCUGCGCCCGGCAAGAUGCUCCAACCACAAAUGAUGGGAGGUGUAGGGCAGGGUGGGCUUCCUAUGGGGGGAAUGGGUUAUCACGUACCACGCGGAAGUCAACAUCCUCCUUAUCCGUCGGCCACAUCGAUCCUUCAACCAACGGGCUCCCACAGCCUACCGAUACCUGCAUCCGGAAGCAUGAACAUUCCCACAAAUCCUCGACCAACUUACCAUUCUAGUCCUGCCCUGCACCAACAACGUCCACACAAUCCAGGAAACCUUGCAAUCAAUACCAAUGUCUCUAACCGAGCAAGGAGUCCUCGGCUAAGCAGUGCCGAUACCGCCACACCCAACACUGCUGCUAGCGGAAACUCACCUACUCGCAGCAGUCAUAGCAGCUCGUUUCGAAGUCCAACCAGAACUGCGGCCGUUAAAGCCAAAGGGGCGAAACGGCCGGCAAAUUCGUGGAUUUUGUACCGACAAGAAAAGCAUCCCAUCGUGUUAGCGGAACACGAGGGAAUCACGAAUAACGAAAUCUCCAAAAUCGUAGCAGAGAUGUGGAAGGCCGAACCAGAGCACAUUAAGAAUAUUUACAAAACACGUGCUGAAGAGGAGCGUCGGCGUCACCGACUUUUGCAUCCAGACUACAAGUACGCACCAAGAAAAAACAAGCCAAAGAGACGAAAGCGAAAGCCGAAUAGCGCCAGCCACCAUCAGCCAUAUCAUCAACGGGAGGGAAGUGGUGAAGCGACAUCGCCAACGGACCCAUCCUCUGCAUCCGAUGCUUGGCCGUCACCUACAAAAGACAUUCCAAAUAAAUUUGGAGCACGGCCGUACAUGCCUGAGCGGCCGGGAGCAGAACAUAUCCAAUCUUGGGUAGACUCUGAAGGGUCUGAUUCCGGUGAUGGUCCAUCUCCAGUCAGUCCUCGGGGCUCCUUUGAAUUUAAUCGAUUCUGGGAGCAUCCGGUCGACCCACACCACCAGCCACAGCAGGAACAACUACCACCACCGCAACACCAACCACAGCCACAUCGCCCACCCAAUCAGAUGCCACCGCCUCCGCAAAUGCAACCAGGACACGAGCACUACAUUUAUGAUGGGCCCGUGGUAUAUCACCAAGAUUUGUUCAAUGGAUCGGACUUUACGUUUGAGGCUCUCGGGUUUCCCAUCGUAGCGGAUGAUUCUAUAGAUGCGGAAGGAUCUGAUGCAGGGGAUCUCAGUAUUGAGGACUUGAUGCUAGCAGAUGACGCAGCAAAACCCAAAAAAGAAGGGACGGAUAAUAAUGUGGGACCAUCUCCUCAAGGGUGAUCUAUUUUAAUUUUUGUCCAGGAAUUUGGUGGUUGUCCACUUUGAAGGAACUUUUUGUUGUUGGGCCGCUCGGGGGAGGGAAGCGCGUCCGAAUUUUGAUGGCUUUUUGAGAGCUCUUUGGACGGGGGGGCUUUUGACCUUGUUGUGUUCCCGUUGUGCUGUUGCCCGAGUUUAACGAACUCGUAGGGGAAAUAAAUAGUGUUUUAUUUUUUUGCCAAGGUGAAGAUCCUCGUAUUCAUUUAAACAAUAUCUUGACACCAUAUUCUCCAAA